AUGCAAUUAAUAAUGGAUGAUAAUAAGGAUUUGAGGAAGCCAUUAUUAAAAGGAGGAGAGGUUAUAAUAAGAAAAAAUGAUAAUCAAGUUCAAGGGGGGUUUGAUGAUGAAGAAAUUAAGGCCGCCGGGAGUUGGACGAGCAGAUCAACAACAGUUGCUGAUUUUGUUCAGAGAUUGCCAGAUAAGGUGAAGAAGCAGUGUGGGGUAGUUGUUGAUCCCGAGCAGCAGCACCACCUUCUUCUUCAUUUUGAUCUUCAUCUUUCUUCUGCUAAAGGAUUGCUUAAAGGUGAGAAGGAUUAUUAUCAAAGACAAUUUGCCACAUUGAGGUCAUUUGAGGAAGUCGACUCCCUCGACUCACCAAACGUAGUCAUCGAUGAAGAACAAAUUGAUCGUCAACAACAGGCACAACACGAGAGAGCAAUGAAUAUCUCCAAUUCGGCUAAUGUAUUCCUCCUUGCAUUUAAGAUUUAUGCCACAGUACAAAGUGGGUCUUUGGCCAUUGCAGCAUCAACCCUCGAUUCUUUACUCGAUCUAAUGGCUGGCGGAAUAUUAUGGUUUACUCACUUGUCCAUGAAGACCAUAAACAUAUAUAAAUAUCCUAUUGGAAAAUUGCGAGUUCAACCCGUGGGGAUCAUCAUCUUUGCUGCCAUUAUGGCAACUCUUGGCUUUCAGGUGCUAAUACAGGCCGUUGAGCAGCUGAUUAAACACGAGCCCUCAGAGAAAAUGACCUCACACCAACUGCUCUGGCUGUAUGUGAUUAUGCUAACUGCAACAGCCGUCAAAUUUGUUCUGUGGAUUUACUGUCGAAGCUCGGGAAAUAAGAUCGUUCGUGCUUAUGCUAAGGAUCAUUAUUUCGAUGUGGUGACAAACGUGGUGGGUUUGGUUGCGGCUGUUCUUGGCAAUCGAUUUUUCUGGUGGAUCGAUCCAGCUGGCGCUAUAGCUUUAGCCGUAUACACUAUUACGAAUUGGUCGGGGACUGUGCUGGAAAAUGCAGUUUCACUUGUCGGACAAUCUGCCCCUCCGGAGGUACUGCAAAAACUUACUUAUCUUGUUCUAAAGCACGACUCUAAGAUCAAGCGUGUAGAUACAGUCCGUGCUUACACUUUUGGUGUUCUUUACUUUGUCGAGGUUGAUAUAGAGCUUCCAGAGGACUUGCCGUUGAUCGAAGCUCAUGCCAUUGGGGAAUCGUUGCAGAUAAAGAUUGAACAGCUGCCUGAAGUCGAGAGGGCAUUUGUUCAUCUCGACUAUGAAUGCGAUCAUAAGCCCGAACACACGAUUCUUAGUAAACUCCCCAGUAGUGACCCGUAA